CAAUUUGCAAUUUCAGUCUAUCUCCGCGUUGCAGCGUUGCAUGAACUCGCGUACGUAAACGGAUCAACAUAUUUAUAUUGCAUAUAUGUGAAAUAAAUAAUCAACUAUAACAACUACAACAACAACAACGACGAGCACUUGGCAUACACCCUCCAGUCAAACGGAAAUAAUUAAGAAACUCGCACGGGCAACAACAACGACAACAACAACAACUGAAAGAAAGAAACGGAAUAAUAAUAACAAAUCAAAUAUACAGCAACAAAUGUUUUAUCAAAAAAAAGAAAAAAACCCAAUUGCAUACGAAAUUGUUAAACCAAAAGCAACAACAACAACAACAACAAAAAAUUGUUGCGGUGCCGUUUUUUAACGACUAUCAAAUGGUGUCGGUGUCAAGCGCGGCCUAGAAAACAAAACAAUCAGACCCCUACCUAUAUAUAGUAUAUACUAUAUAAACUCUAUAUGUAUAUGUGUCUAAAAUUAUAGCCAAAUACAGUCCGAGAAUUCCAAGCACGUUUUUAGCCAGGCUGCAGAAUUACGCAAAAAAAUAAAUAAACUCAACAACAACAACAACAGCAACAGCAACAACUAUAACGACAGCUAUAAACAGCUGACGUUCAAUGAACGCCCAGAGCUGAGCGUAAAUGCAGACAGUGAGUGCCAAAUGUAAGUGCACAGCGCCAGCGAGCUGAACUUGAAAGUGAAAGUGAAAUUCGUAACAGACAAACCGAAGAGAGAUAGACGCAUAGCAAAAACAGUUACGGAUACAGCGACAGCUCUAGCUGCAGAUAGAGAUACAAAGCCAGACACAGACAGAGAUAGAGCAAAAGAUAGAAAGAGAGAGAGAGAGAGAGAUACAGAUACAAUUGUGGUAACAGUUGUCAUAGCAAUUUACAGCUGCUUUUGCUGGAGUGCCCAGUGCUCAGAGCAUUAGCCAAUUGUCAACUAGGAAUAUAUAGCAGCAGAUCUUCAAGAAUGAGCGAGCAGGAGGCGGCCAGCAGCUACGAGGUCAAGGCGCCACAGGGGCACACCUUUGUGGUUAGUCCCGUGGCAGCAGCAGCACCCAUACUGACUGCUGUGCCCGUCAUGAAGCCCACGACGCCAUCCACGACUCAGCUGGUGGAGCUCGACGAUGAGGAGCAGCCGUGCUGCAGCUCGCAGGCUGUGGUGCCGCUGUCCUCGUCGCUGCCAUCGAAGCUGUUGCGUCUCCAUGCCAAACGCUCGGCUCAGGCGCUGCUGCAGCAGAUGGAAUCGCUGGACUCGCAGUUCGGCUCCGGCUCCGAGGAUGCGCCAACGAGCAGUCCAAGUGCGCCGCCCAUGUCGCCGCCCCUGUCGCCGGCCAGCGAUGAUAAGCUGCUGGACGUGGGCAUGGGCUCGUCCAUCGGUGACUCCGAGGAGACUGAGGAGGAUGAUGAGCUGAAGCCGCUGGCAGUGGAUAAUCAUAUUAUACCGGAGCCAGAGCUGGCGGAAGGUCAGGCGGCAUCGCCGCCAGCUGUGCCGCUCAGCGAGGCCAAUCUGGAGAAGUUCCGCAAGCAUCAGGUGGACAACAUCUAUUUGCAUCCCAAUUUCAAUAUGGACUCCUCGCCCCCACCGGCUGUGGCGCCAGCCAAUUCGCCCGUGAUGGAGACGAAGCGCGUGCAUCGCUCGUUCCUCAGCAUAAAGAAGACAGCUGAGCAGGAGACGGAGCAACAGAAGCAGCAGCAGCAGCAACAGCAGCAGCAGCAACAGAAGCAACCGCAGCAGCCCGUGGAACCGAAUGAGAUUGAUACGCUGGAGCCGUCGCUGGUGCCCAGCGAUGAGCUGGCUGCCGAGAUAGCGGACGCAGUGGAGUUCUACUUCUCCAACGAGAGCAUACUGAAGGACGCCUUUCUGCUGAAGCACGUGCGCCGCAACAAGGAGGGCUUCGUCAGCCUGAAGCUGGUGUCCAGCUUCAAGCGCGUGCGCCAGCUGACCCGCGAGUGGAAGGUGGUGGGCGAUGCAGUGCGUCGCAUGUCGCGCAAGAUUGAGCUGAACGAGCAGGGCACCAAGGUGCGCCGGCUGGAGCCGUUGCCCAGCUUCGAUGAGACAAUGCCCUCGCGCACCAUUGUCGCCUGCGACCUGCCGCUGGACAAGCUGAGCAUCGAGAAGGUCUCCGAUCUGUUCUCCAAGUGUGGCGAGAUCGCGCUGAUUCGCAUUCUCAAGCCGGGCAUGGCCAUACCCGUGGAUGUGCGCCAGUUCAUGAACAAGUAUCCGGAGCUGCAGCAGAAGGAGUGCGCCCUGGUCGAGUAUCUGGAGUCGUCGUCGGCCCGCGAGGCACUGCAUCUGGCCGGGCCCUUCCAGGUGUACGAGAUGGUCGCUCCCAAGAAGAAGACGGGCAAGAAGGCAGCCGUCAUCCAGAUCGCUGCACCCGUCGCCCGCAUGGUAGAGAACUAUCGCUACUACAACGAUGCCAACUGUGAGAGGACACGCGGCGGCAGCUUCUCCGGCAUGCCCAGCCACGAGCUGCCCAUGCACGAUCUGCGCUUCAAGCUCAAGCGCAACAACUCGGACUUCCAGCCGAGCUACUACCAGCAGCAGCCGCAGCCCAUCCAUCACCCCAUCUAUCAUGGCCAUGGCUAUCAGCACUAUCAGCCACGUGGCAGCAUCAAUAUGGAGCCACUGCAGCAGCAGCAGCAGCAAUCGCCCACAUCUCCUGGUUUUUUCGGCUAUGUGCCCAGGCGCUACAGCAAUACGUCCACCAUAUCAGCGAACACAGCUGCCGCUGGCUUAGUCGAGCCCUCCUCGCCCCCUGCCGCUGUCGGCGCCAACAGCAGCAGCAACAGCAACAGCAGCAGCAGCAAUCCUAAUGCUGUGCCCAUGAGCAGCCUGCAGCGUCGUCUGUCCAACUGCUCGGAGCAGAAUUACGGUCCAGAUGCCACGCAGGCGCUGUCCAUGUCGCGACGCGCCAGCAACUGCUCGGAGACGGGGGCGCCGCAGCGUCGCGACUCCAAUUGCUCGGAGAGCUGUCCCUGUUCCAGGCGCGUCUCCGACUUUGGUCAGCCGGACGCGUAUCGCAAGAGCUCCGUCUGCUCCAACGGCAGCUGCUCGGGCAAUGGGGAGCGCCGUUACUCGAACGGCUCCAUUCAGUUCGAGCGCACCUUCUCCAAUGGCAGCGACGGCAACGGCUUCUAUCGUCGUCCCUCGAACGACUUCAAUGUAGAGCGCGAGCGCGAGCGCGAGCCGGAUCAGCUGGUGGGCGGCGGAGGCGGUGGCUAUCAGGUGUGGCCACGUCGCUACUCCAACAACUUCCAGCAGCUGAACAGCAAGCUGGCCGCCUACGACAAUGCCCAGUAUAUUGGCGGCCGCCGCAUCUCCACUGACUCUGGCUACGAUCGCCGCUGCUCCUUCGGCUCCGAGGGCUUUGAGGGCUCGCCGCGCUCCCGCACCGGCAGCUUCCUCAGCAACUACAAGCACGGCGGCGACUACGACGGCCAGCCCCGAUCGCGCACGGGCAGCUUCCUGGACGGCUCGCCCCGAUCGCGCUCGGGCUCCUUUGCCCAGCGAGCCGCCGAGAGUCUGGUGCGCACGCCCAUUGGCCCCGAUGGCAGCAAGGGAUUCGGCCAGCGGGCCCGCAAGCUCGGCCAGACCGUGUCGCCCGUCUAGCUGACUCCGCCUGCCAAUUUGUUAACUAAUUUUAGUGGGUAAUCUAUUAUUGUUUCUAUUAUGUGUGAAAUUAUUUAAUGGCUGUACACUGUGAUUGCUGUCCAACUGUCCAACU